GCGGCGCGCGCGGGGCGCCGGGCGGCGGCCGAAUGGAGAGAAAGGGCUCGGCGGCCGGGGCCAAAGGGAACCCGAGCCCGCCCGCGGCCGGCGAGGCGCCGCGGCCGCCACUGUGCGUCCCGGGCGGCGGCGGAGGGGCCCCGACGCGGGGCCCGGCUGGGGCGGCGGCCGAGCCAGCCGAGUUCAUUCGGCGCGCGCACGAGUUCAAGAGCCAAGGGGCGCAGUGCUACAAGGACAAGAAAUUCCGCGAAGCCAUCGGCAAAUACCACCGGGCGUUGCUGGAGCUGAAGGGGCUGCUGCCGGCCCCCAGGGAACAGGAGCGGGACUCGCGCUCGGCCUUCGCGGCCGGGCCCCCCAACCCCGGCCGCCUCACGGAGGAGCAGACCCAGACGGUGGAAGCCAUCGAGAUCGACUGCUACAACAGCCUGGCAGCCUGCCUGCUCCAGGCUGAGCUGGUAAAUUAUGAGCGAGUCAAGGAGUAUUGCCUCAAAGUCCUGAAGAAGGAAGGAGAGAACUUCAAGGCCCUUUACCGGUCAGGUGUGGCCUUCUACCACCUUGGGGACUAUGACAAAGCGCUGUAUUACCUGAAAGAAGCAAGGACCCGACAACCAACAGACACCAAUGUGAUUCGGUAUAUCCAGCUGACGGAGAUGAAGCUCAGCAGAUGCUCCCAGAGAGAGAAGGAGGCCGUGUAAGAAGAACAUCUUUCUAGGGCUGUGCUGCACCUGACCUGGCCCUUCGAGAAACCCUGGUGGAGAGCCCCCUGCAGGGUUCUUUCUCCCCUCCGGCUCUCCCUUCUUCCUCUUGCUGCCCCUCAACUCUUUGCCUGCUCCCUGUGUGAGAAGGAGACAUGCAAAUUUGGAAUCUGGUGGGUUGCCCUGACAAUGGAGACGUCCUCUUCACUAGUAGGGCAGCUACUGAGAGGGAUCUAACUUGUUCAGAGACAGCUGGAGAGUACUCUCACAGGCCAGGAAAGCUGUUGCAGCUUUGACCUCACCCAGAGCUUCUGACAGAGGCAGAGCCUGGCAGGUGCACCAUCCCAAAGGCAGCAGGCACAAAGCCCAUGGGCUGGACCCCUCCACACCUUCCUGACAGAUCAGAGCAUCUCAAGGCAACUGUGGCAAAUCCUGGGACGACACAAACACCAGGAGCAGUUGCUUAAGCCAACAGAGGGACCGUGGAUUUGUAUACACUGGAUUUCCCCCUUCUCCCCAGCCCCAGUACCUCAGCCGCUGCCUCCCUCCCUCACUUGCUGUCUUGGCUUGUGCUAUCUUCACUCCCCCUCGGGGAUCUGAGACUCUGCCAGGACUCACAUUCCACUGAAGCCCACUCUCAGUGUCUCUGGUGACCACACAUACCAUUCCCCCACACGCUCACCCAGCAGGCAGCUGUGACAGCAAAAGGGCAGGGUAAAGAGGGCCAAGCGUUGACCAUAUAGAGGAUCGGGGAGGGAGAGAUGACAUCUAGGGGCAAGAGCAUUGUAUAGACUGGGGGGAUUGAACUGUGGACUAAUUAAGUGUAAAUAAAAAUUAAUUAACAGGCAACAGUUCCUGUCAUUUGUGUUGGAAGCAGCCCGCUCCCUCACUUUUACUUCCCACCCACCCCCACAACUCUCAGUCAGAGCUACUCAGAGCCAGGCAGGAUGGGGCUUCCCCACAAGCAAUGGGCCAUUUGUCCAGUGGUUUACAAUGUUGGCUGCCACCUUUGUGCUUUUAGAGUAGGCUGGGUCAGGGACGUGCCCAGAGGUUUGGCUUUGUGGGAACUUGUACAGCCCCCUUUGGAUGGAAUUAUCUGGACUCCUCAAUAUCUAGCACAUAGAAUGUGCUCAACAAAUAUUUGUUGAAUGAAUAAAUUAUGACUGCAGACUGGCUCUCCUGCCUUAAACUAAUUUUUCCAGCCUAGUCUCCUGAUAUCUAUGCUCUUUAUGCUACACCAUGUUGCUUCAGUCAAAUAAGAAAUGGCUUUUACUGAGGGCUUUUUGUUUCCUGUCAUUGUGCAAUUUGCUGUGGGACAUAGGAUGCAGUCCCGGUCUUCAAGGAGAUGGAAGACGUGAGAAAUACUCAUAUGAGAUUAUUACCAGUGACACCUGUAAUUUAUAUGAUGCUUUAAAAUUUUCAAAGCACUUUCAUGUAUUUCUCAUGUGAUCAGAGAUAAUAUUGUACAAAUUAAAAUAUAUACCAAUGCAAUAAUGUUAAUAGCAUUUAUUAAAUGCACUAUCCUCAGA